CGGAAACAAGCAGCUCCGCCGCUGAUCUCCGCCACGAAAGUUGCCCGUCAAAACUAAAAUCCAAACGAUUACGUGUCAAUCACACAUCGUCAAUAUGAGAUAGUAUCGUUACGAUCAAUUAUCCUCAAUAUCGAUCUCGUGAUCUUGUAUUUUUCUCAGAUCAAUUGAAGAAUCAGAUAAAUCGAUGAUGGGAUACGAGAAUCAGGGCUUUGAAGACGCCCAAAUCUAUGCAUCUCGUGAAGAAAUGGAGUCUCUUGUUCUUGACGAUGACGAUAAUAACAAUAAUGGUAACGAAAACAAUCCGUCAUCCAGAUCCAACGGCGGUGCAAACGGAGAUAGUAUUCAACACCAACACCCUCUUUCUUCAGCCUUGCCGUUUGCGGAAAUACCUACCACUGAUGACGAUGAUCCUUUGUUAUCUUCGUCAUCUCCUCAGAAAAGCCCUAACUCGUUCAAUUCGUUCCUCGAACCCCCUUCUUACGCAGAGGCGGUAUUCAGAUCGUUCGACGGUGACCACGGCAAGCAAAUCAAUGGCCACGGUGCUGUGUCCACAUCUUCUCCGUCUUCCAGUUCCGAUUACUUGAAGAUUUCCGUGACGGAUCCGCAGAAGGAGCAAGAUCUAAACAACUCGCUUGUUCCCGGCGGGAACGCCUACAUGACGUACUUGGUUACCACAUGGACGAAUCUGCCGGAGUUUAAUGGAACAGAAUUUAGCGUCAGGCGACGGUUUAAAGACGUCGUGACGUUAUCGGACCGACUAUCGGAUUCAUACCGAGGAUUUUUUAUCCCGUUAAGGCCUGAUAAGAGUGUUGUUGAGAGUCAAGUUAUGCAAAAGCAAGAGUUUGUUGAGCAGAGGAGAAUGGCUUUGGAGAAGUACCUGAGAAAGCUAGCUGCGCAUCCGGUGAUUAGGAGAAGCGAGGAGUUGAGACUGUUUCUGCAGGUGCAUGGAAAGCUACCAUUGAUGAAGACGACGGACGUGGCUUCGAGGAUGCUUGACGGGGCGGCGAAGCUGCCGAAGCAGUUGUUUGGGGAGUCCGUUGUUUCUGCAGCUGUGGACCCCAAUGAUGUGUCACAGCCAGCGAAAGGAGGGAGGGAUUUGUUGAGGAUAUUUAAGGAAUUGAGGCAGUCGGUUACGAAUGAUUGGGGUGGAACGAAGCCCCCCGUGGUGGAAGAGGAUAAGGAGUUUUUAGAGAAGAGGAAGAAGUUGCAGGAUUUCGAGCAGGAGUUGAGUAACGUAUCCCAGCAGGCUGAAUCUCUUGUUAAAGCUCAGCAAGACAUCGGAGAGACCCUGGGGCAAUUGGGGUUGGCUUUUGUCAAAUUAACCAAAUUUGAGUCCGAGGAAGCCAUGUUCAACUCUCAAAAAGUGAGAGCCGCAGAUAUGAAAAAUGUGGCUACUUCUGCUGUUAAAGCCAGCAGAUUGUAUCGGGAGUUGAAUGCACAGACUGUCAGACAUUUGGAUAAGCUUCAUGAAUACCUUGGAGUGAUGUUAGCUGUCAAUAAUGCAUAUUCAGAUCGAUCAAAUGCUUUGUUGACAGUACAGACUCUUCUAUCAGAGCUGGCAACUCUAAAUGCUAGGAUUGAAAAGCUUGAAGCAGCUGCAUCCAAGAUAUUUGGUGGUGACCGAUCUAGAGUUCGAAAAAUCGAGGAGUUGAAAGAAACUAUGAGGGUUACCGAUGAAGCUAAAAGCUGCGCAGUUAGAGAAUAUGAGCGCAUAAAGGAGAAUAAUAAGAACGAGCUUGAAAGACUGGACAAAGAAAGGCAUGAUGAUUUCUUUGGCAUGUUGAAAGGAUUCGUCGCUAACCAGGCAGGAUAUGCAGAGAAGAUGGCAAGCGUGUGGGAAACUGUUGCGAAUGAAACAAGUGGAUAUGCGAAAAACUGUUAGGUGAAAUAGAGGUUCUGUGAACAAUGUUAUGGGUUAUUUCUCCUUAUAACAUCCUUUUGUACCUUUUUAUGUACACUCGUAGACGAUUAUCUUACAAACAAUUUUACAAAAAUGCCUCGCCUUUUUUUCACCACCCCAAUUUCUUGGUAAUUUUGACAUAUUCAAGACACAUAAUUGUGAUGUUCAUUUCAUUCUUUUUUGUAUUGGCCUAAUGAACUUGUAUUUUUUAUGAUGGGAGGAAUUAGUUUUUAUC